AAAAUACUCGCCGUCGGUGUUCUCUACACACACACACACAGAGAGAGAGAGAGAGAGAGAGAGAGAGAGAGGUGGGCCAUGGACACGUUCAUCGGGGGCCAUUCCUUUCUGGUAGCAGAGGUAGCAACGCAGGAAGCGAUGGCGGGGAAUGCCACGCCCACAUGCUCCUCCUUCUGCUGUUAACGGGAUGAGGUGACAUUUGUAGAGAUAUCUGCAAGAAAGGAAGGAGGGAUUGCCGAUUCCUAUCUCUCUCUCUCUCUCUCCCCUCGCUUCCCCUCAUCUCCUUCCCCCUUUUGGUGUUGUGUCUGCCCCUUUCAAUGUUUCGAUCCGCUGACCGGGACCCUUGGCGUCGUUUAGUUACCCUUUUCGUCUUGCUACUCUUCCUCUCCCGGGACUCUGUCGCCUUCGUCAUCCUCCAAGGGAGCUCCCUUUCUCUCUCCUUCGAGGACGUCCAAGCGAGAUUCGCUAUACCAGUUAACGGCUUCGGAAUUUGUGGAACAUUGCAUUUAGCAGAGCCGCUUGACGCUUGUAGCUCGCUUCUGAAUGGUCUGAACGUCAAUAUAUCCGAGGGGAUCAAAUUUGCACUGAUAAUCAGGGGGAGUUGCACGUUUGAGGAGAAAGUUAAAAAUGCUCAGGACGCAGGCUUUCGGGCAGCCAUUGUAUAUGAUAACAAGGAGACGGGUAGCUUGAUUUCAAUGAUUGGAAGUGCUCAAGGGAUACAAAUACAUGCCGUAUUUGUGUCAAAGGAAGCAGGGGAAACACUGAAGAAGUUUGCACAUGGCGGAGGUUGUGAAUGCUGUAUUAAUCCUACCUCAGACGAAGCAACCUGGACAGUCUUUGCAAUGUCCUUGUUCUCCAUUCUUGUUAUAGUAGCUGUUCUCUUUGUGUUUUUCUUUGCACGGAACCGUAGGAGGCUUCAGCACAUCAUUCCCCAAAGAACUCCUGAGAUAAACAGCCAGCUUUUGAAAAUUCUGCCUAGCUUCACUUUCAGUGCUGCAUCUAUGAAUGGCAAGUGUACUUCAGAGACAUGCUCCAUCUGCCUGGAAGAUUACAAGGCUGGUGAAACACUAAGAGCCCUGCCUUGCAACCAUGAGUUCCAUGCUAGUUGUAUCGAUUCAUGGUUGACUAAGUGGAGAACAUUUUGCCCAGUAUGCAAGCGAGAUAUGUUGCUUGGAAUGUCAAAUUGUCUAACAAGUGAGUCUACUCCAUUGUUGGGUAACUAGCUCUCACACAUUGUACAUUGUGUUGUAUCUGUGUCUGUCUUCUUCGCCUCCUGGUUCUGGAACUGUUCAUAUUCCUGCUCUGGCAUAUCCGGCUUCUAAAACUUCAUGGAGCUGCUUCUAUUUGCAAGUCAUUAUGCCAGAAUGAGUCCUUACAUGUAAGGUAUUUCUUUCAGUGCUUUCUGAGUAUAGAAUAAGGUGUGUCAUCAUCACUUUUUCCCUUUCCCUGCAUUUUCAAGAUGUAUAGCUCGGUCCAUGCAUGAUCCAUCUGUCCCAACUCUGGACUUGUACUAAAUGAUAACUUAAUACUUAGCUGGUUUAAGUAAACUUCUGACCAAUUUGUUUAUCAGUACUGGAGAUUACAUUGUAUUUCAUGGAUAUGAGGGCAGGACCAGGUGAAUGGCUACCAGGCAGCUGGUCAUAGCUUCGAACUGCAUUAUGGUCUCUUGUGAGGUUGUCGGCCAAGUUUGCCUCACUUAAGGUUUGUGGCGUUUGAAAGGACCUCGUUUUGAAGUUUUUCACAAUUGGAAGGGAAGGCAGGAGGCUAAACCGUUGUAGCCAGGUCUCCUACUGCAGUGAACUCUGUUGGUUGAAGAAAAAUAGGCAUCAAAUGGAUGGUGCCUUUUCAAAUGAAAAUUCAUGCAGUGGAUGGUGCCUUUGAAAGUGAAAAUUGGGACAGUUGUACCUAUUUUAGCUAACUGGUCAAGUCAGAUUAUUAAGAAAUUCCUAGAAUGGCACUUCGAUGGAAAAAAUUGGCUACCUUGGUUGUACAAAAUCUAGGAAUUCCUGGACUUAAAGACGAGGGAAACUAAGCCACUUGGUUGCACAAGAAUGUCGCCUCCGGUGCCAUGAGAUAUCUGUAAGUUUUGAUUUCAACAUUGGCCAUCGAACUUGAUAUUUGGUAGCACAAUGCUUUACCCUCUAGUGCCGUGCCGUGCCGUGAAACAUCUAUGAGUUUGUAUUUCAGCAUUCCAAUGGUGUAUUUCAGCAUUCCAAUGGUUACCGGAGACCACUACUAAAGGCUGGAAAUCAGAAGGGUUGGGCCUAUUGCAUGGUGGCCACUACAUCGUUGGAGGCAGAGUUCUGACUCCCAUGUUCAAGAAUGGAUGGUUGGGUCAUGGGUGCCCUUUUCUCAUCAUAAAAUAAGGUUUUUUUGAAAUGGUAUCUGCUUUAUGUACCAGAUUAACGAAGUAGUUUCUAUCUUAUGUGGUUUCAUAAACCAGUCUCUAGCUUUCAUACUAUCAGUCAGUGUUUGAUGCACGGUGUGAACAUGCAAAACAAGGUUCUCACCUACAACGUUUGAUGAGCAAAGAUAAAAUGUCCACGGAUAUUCUGUUUGUGUUUGAUGAAAUGAGCCCAAAAGUCUAUACUGUAGUAUUUCGUGUUGACUAUAUCUCAGUUGUAUUAUUAUAUGUAUUAUUGUUUAAAACAGAGACACUAUAUUAUCAUGUUAAUAGGUUAACUACUAUAAAAUUUUCAAUUAUUC